GCUGCACUCGCUUCCGUGUUUGUGUGAUCAGGGAGUGCUCAGCCGGGGGAGCUUCACUGGUUCAUUCAUUUCUCAACAAUAACGCUAAGCAAGUGACCAGCAAGCAAGAUGACCUAUGACCCGAAGCAUGUAUUCGCCAGUCUCCCUCAGAUGGAGAGGGGCGUUGCAAAAGUGAUCGGAGGCGAUCCCAAAGGGAACAACUUCUUGUACACCAAUGGGAAGUGUGUCAUCAUCAGGAACAUCAAUAACCCAGCUAUAGCAGACAUUUACACCGAACAUGCCCAUACGGUAACUGUUGCUAAGUACGCCCCCAGUGGAUUCUACAUUGCAUCUGGAGAUGUAUCAGGAAAGAUCCGUAUCUGGGACACCACCCAGAAGGAGCACCUUCUCAAGUAUGAGUACACCCCUAUUUCAGGCAGGAUCAAGGACAUUGCAUGGACAGAGGAUAGCAAGAGGAUUGCUGUCGUUGGGGACGGACGAGAGAAGUUUGGAGCCGUGUUCCUGUGGGACUCUGGCUCCUCAGUGGGGGAGGUUGCCGGCCACUCCAAAUUAAUCAACAGUGUCGACAUAAAGCAGACACGUCCUUACCGCCUGGCCACCGGCAGUGAUGACACCACCGGCUGCUUCUCCGAGGGAGUCCCCUUCAAGUUCAAGUUCACAUUAAAUCAACACACCCAGUUUGUCAACUGUGUUCGUUUCUCUCCAGAUGGGCAGCGGUUUGUCACCGCUGGCGCCGAUGGCCAGAUUUUCCUCUAUGAUGGAAAGGUUGGUGAGCAUGUCGGCUCACUGGGUGGAGAGAAGGCCCACAAAGGAGGAAUCUAUGCUGUCUGCUGGAGCCCUGACAGCUCCCAGCUGAUCUCUGCUUCAGGGGACAAGACCGUGAAGCUCUGGGAUGUUAGUACAGGCACGGCCGUCACCACCUUCAACUUGGGCUCUGAUACGACAGACAUGCAGCUGGGCUGCCUGUGGCAGAAAGACCACCUCCUCAGCAUCUCCCUGUCAGGAUACAUCAACUACCUGGACAAGAACAACCCUGACCGGCCCAUACGCACCAUCAAGGGUCACAGCAAAUCCAUCCAGUGUUUGACAGUUCACAGAAAGGAUGGGCGACCAUACAUCUACUCGGGGAGUCAUGAUGGACACAUCAAUUACUGGGAUGCAGAAACCGGGGAGAACGACUGCUUCUCAGGGAAGGGCCAUAGCAACCAGGUGAGCAGGAUGGUGACUGACGAAGGCGGCCAGCUGGUGACGUGCAGCAUGGAUGAUACACUGCGCUACACCAACAUCAGCAAGGGGGAGUACAGUGCCAGCGAUGUGGUGAAGAUGGAUUUCCAGCCUAAAACUGUGUCCGUAGCAGCAGGAGGGCUGUCAUUGGCUGUGUGCAUCGGGCAGGUUGUGUUGCUGAAGGACAAGAAGAAAGUCUUCACAAUGGAUGGUCUCGACUAUGAAGCAGAGGUUGGAACUCUCCAUCCCGGGGGCACCACUGCAGCAGUGGGGGGAGCAGAUGGGAAAAUCCGUCUGUACUCCAUUCAGGGCAACACUCUGAAGGACGAGGGAAAGACCAUCGAGGCUACAGGGGCGGCCACAGACAUGGCCUACUCUAAUGAUGGAGCCUAUCUGGCGGUCAUAGGCGAUAAGAAAGUUACCACCGUUUUUACUGUGGCUGAUGACUACAAGGUCAAAAAUGUGUUUUAUGGACACCACGCCAAACCAGUAACUUUGGCGUGGUCGCCUGACAAUGAACACUUUGCGACCGGUGGGAUGGACAUGAAUGUGUUUGUCUGGACAGUUUGUGACCCAGACAAGAGGGUUAAGAUCCCAGAUACUCACCGGUUGCACCAUCCUAGCGGCCUGGCCUGGGUAGAUGAGCACACUCUAGUCACCACCUCCCACGAUGCAAGCGUCAAGCAGUGGACUAUUGAAUACUGAGCUGCGAGCAGACAAACAUCCACAUCUCCAGGGACAAGGACUACUGUAGAUUUCAAUCUUUCUUUUCUCUAUUCUUUUUUUUUUUUGUUCUUUUUUUUUUUACUAUCUAUACGGUGUUCUAUGCUGUCUGUAAACAUCUGAAUCGUAAAUGGUUUUAACUGGGGAAAGCUCCCAUACAAUAUUAUCUAAGAUAUGUCUCUUUGAUGCGAAUAACCUCAACUUACACUGAGACAAAUUAUUGAAUUAUAAGAUGUAACCAUGAGUGCUUUUACAUCUCUUUGAGCUUUAUGGACCCACAAUAAUAUUUGUUAGCUCAACAUUCCAUAGGUAAUAGCUUUCGCUCAGUUUAAACUGGUAUCCUUGUCUGGUUGGGCUCAAUGCAUCCUAACUCAACGGAUGAACUCUUUUUUUUUUUUUUUUAAAUCAACAAAAUCAUGUCUGAAAGAAAUGAAACCUUUUGGUUACAUUCCUGGAAUGAGAAGUAACUGAUGAGUUAAGUUAAUUUUCAAGGUUUUAAGGGGCUGGGUUGUUUUGCUUUGUCUUUGGUUUCAUACUUUUUAUGUUUCACAACUCUUCCUGUUGAACUGGGGAGCAGUAAUAGGAACUGAAAGAACAAAGUAUGUAUACAAUCAAGAUGCUGUCUGUUCAGUCGGAGAUCCCGUGUUGUUGCUGUGUUUAUGUUUGGGCCCACUAUGCUUGUCGCACUUAAUUUUUCCCAUGUCUUUAUGCAUUCACUUCCAAGGUGGAAUUGACUCAUUAAUAAUAAUAAUAAAAAAACACUUUUUAUGCAGCUCCCUUUCAUACA